CGCAGUAGGAGGUCAACAUGGGCGCAGUCUCCACGGAUGACCUCUACCUGUCAAGCAUCACCGCAUGUGCGAUACUCACGCUGGGUUGUCAAACAUCCCGGAUGAGACAACAUGGAUCCCCUCACGUCCAUCAGCCUGGUUGCCAAUGUUGCCGCCUUUGUUGAUUUCGGCUUCAAGAUUGUGUCCGCUGCCCGCGAGGUUCAAAGUUCCACAAGUGGGACGACUGCUACCAAUGUCAAUGCUGAGGUUCUUACUAUCAACUUUAGGACAGUCGUCGCAAACAUUAAAGGUUCUCGGCUUGCAGGUAACUCUCAGUUGGACGAGGCGAGGUUAGCUGCGCUUGUUGACGAAUGUGAGCGUCUAUCGGAUGAGCUUCUUGGCCUACUGGAGACUCUCAGGGCCAGAAAGCCAGGCUCAAAGAGACAUGUGUUCGUCAUCGCCUUGAGGAACAUGAUGAAAAGGGGCGAAAAGGAGGCGUUGGAAGCGCGGUUGGAUAGAUGCAGAAAUCAGCUGCAGCUGGAAAUUGCCCAGCGAACGAGUGAAAAGUCCCUGGAACGUCUGGGGGUCAUUGCGGCAAGUGGUGAAUGUCAAACAAACGAGCUCGCUGUCAUCAAACGUAGCUUGCACGAUUUGCAUCAGCUGCAUUCUACCACCCAAACCAAACUUGAUUCGACCUCAUUUCAGGGGUUGAACAGCUUACUGAAGCUCUGCGGGCAAGCCUUUGAAAGCGUUGCUCUUUCCAAGCUCCUAUCCUCCAUUGGGUUCGAGAAAAUGUCUGAUCGACUUGAAAAUAUCGCCGAGGCCCAUGCAACGACUUUCAACUGGCUAGUAGAUGCUUCCGAGGCUGUGGACCCCAAAGCAUUAUUGGGAGAUUUGGAAUCUUUAGAGGCCCAAGAGUGGCUACGCUACACCGAGGUUCAAGAUUCAUAUCGCAAGGUGUCUCGGGAGGCUCUAACAUCGUGGCUUUUGGAAGGUAAUGGGAUUUUCCACAUCUUCGGAAAGCCAGGGUCAGGAAAGUCCACGUUGUUGAAGCAUCUGCUGAAGCACCCUGCUGUUCAGAAUAUGCUUGAAGGGUGGGCUGGAGGCAAAGCACUGAUCAAGUGCUCUUUUUUCUUCUGGAAAGGUGGCUCGGUUGGCCAAAAAACGUUUUCCGGUCUUUACCGAUCCCUUCUCUGUUCGGUCUUCAAACAGUGCCCUGAGCUGGUCCCAUCAAUUGUCCCAUCACUUUGGCAACUGUGUUUGCAGGGUGGCAAUGCUCAAUUGACUGACGCUGAAGCGCGCCAUGCUUUCCUGGAGAUAAUGGAGCGAGACGAAGUCUUUACACACCGAAAAUUUGCAUUCUUCAUUGACGGCUUGGAUGAGUUCGAAGGCGAUGACACUGGCUUGGUUCGUACCUUUCUCGGUUGGACACGGCUCAGACCCGACAACAUCAAGAUCUGCGUUUCAAGUCGCGAGCUUCCGCUAUUCCAAGAGCGUUUCUCAUCGUAUCCCAAGCUUCGACUACACGAGGUUACAAGUUUGGACAUUAUGGGUUAUGUGAAGAGUACGCUCGAAGAGAAUGAAGACUUGUCCUCGGCAGUCGACCACAGCCUCACCCUCCAUCUGGGUCAGAAGAUCAUUGAGAAGGCAGAAGGAGUGCUGCUGUGGGUAUCAUUGGUCCUGCGGAUUGUUGAGCGUGGUCUUCUUCAGGAGGACAACCCCGAAGACUUGGAGGCCAAGAUCGAUGGACUGCCUACAGAACUCGAGAAUUUGUUUCAAGUCAUAUUCAACGCAAUUGAGACAGAGGCUCACCCUAUUGACAGGCGUAGGGCUAUGCUCACUCUAGCUAUUUGCUUGGAGCGGACAUCUUGGGAACUAUCCAACGUUUUUCUUCAUCAGUUAUCCUUUCUGGAUGAGUAUGAAUCAGAUUGCAAUUUUCUCUUCAAGAGUUUACGCCAAACAGAGACUAUUGAAGAUGAAGAAAGGCUACGGAGAUGUCGGAAGCAAGUCAACGGACGAUGCAGAGGACUUGUGAGCGUAACUGCAUCAAGCGCUGACGAACCGGACGUGCCAAUACCGACAAGAAGAGUUGAACAAGUUGCAAUUACACACCGCUCCCUCAUCGAAUUCUUUUCGAAAACACAGGUCCGUGAAGUUAUCGAGGCUCAGACCCACGGAUUCAAUAUGACACAGUUUACUAGCCGAUCUUACGUGGCUCAGCAGAUGACAGAACCGGAUCCAAGUUCGAUAGAAGAAUCUCACCUCCACUCCGACAUUCUUGGACUCUUCAAGGUUGCAUGGUACCAUGAUUUCAUGAACACAUCCAUUGUGACAGAUGUGCUUCUAGACUUGCAAAAAAUUCCCUUUCUUUCAUCCCGACUCAAGGUCUCGGGGGGUGGAAUUUAUCGGCCAACGGACUAUGGGUGGUCGUAUCUUUGGAGAAAGAGAGCGGCAUGCCGUAUUGCUUCACAUAAGGAGGAUCGAACUGUUGCUGAUAUCAUCAUUUUCCUGGCAUUGAAAUAUGGGCUGCCAGAGCUCUUAACCCCACCCGAGGUGCUCAAGGGAGGGGCACUUGUUCAAGCUGCUCAGAAGAUUGGGCCGCAGCACCUACUAAUGCGUAUUUUUGACACUUUACUGGCAUCGACUAAACCCUCUUGGAAUCAACUUGAACUCCGACAGUAUGACCGCCUUCUGAAGACAAUGGCCAUGUGCCUACGAGAUGGGGCAUCACCAAAUCUCCCAGUCACUUGGCAACAAAACUACCAUUUACUAGAUCGGUUUUCAGGAAGGAUCUCAAGUCUGUGGGAGGUAUUGGUCUGGACAACCUUGUGUGGGUACGGUCAGGUGAACGGAAUGCAAAUCAACGGACAAAAGCGCAAUUUGACCUUUUUGCCCAUCUGGGUUCUCUUCCUGGCUUAUGGUGCAGACACCGAGUUCAAGCUCAAGGUCGAUACUGAACACGCAGUAUCACUUUACCAAGACGCUAUUCGCAUUGUCGCGCUUUUCGGAAAAGAACAAGAGGACCCCUUCACGCCGCUCUUUAUCCCGCGGUUACAGAACUUGGUGGUGGACAUGGCUUCGAAACAAAACGGGCUCCUCAGUCUCUCCGAUAUCACCAGCUUACUCUUCCCGGAUGACUUUCACAAGUUUGUACCUCUGCUCGAGCAACAAGGGAGCAGCGAACAGGACGGGGAGGAGAAACGGUGCGCAGUGCUUAAAUCUUUUGGACUGGAUUUAGAGCACUGGGAUCCUCCGCCACCAUCACCAGUAGUCGCAGUGUUUCCAGAAGUCUUUGGCUUGUCGAUUAACAGGUUUGUACAAGAAAUGUUGGGCCCUUAUGCGGUGGACGAGCCGCAGCGGGGGAUUGUGGUCUACACCAAACAGGGUAUCGAACUUUUGGACCGAAACAAUCCAGCACAUGACCGAGUCGACAUUCUUGAGUAGGAGAUCUUACCGCACGAAUAAGAGAAGGUUGUAUCAUAUCAUCCACCGACCAUGCACCCUAAUAUCCUCCGCCGCCGUCGCCAUGUCCCUCUUCAUCCACGAUUCAACCAGCACCCUCACCCCUUCAGGCGUUAGCCAAUUCAGCCCCCAUAUCAACCGGACAACAACCCAAUACGCCCCCCAAACUGCCCACCCAUUCGGAUCAGGCAGCCCGAAAGCAACCCUAAACCUCUCUGGCAACCAACCAGCCAUCAACACCCUCAUAACCGGCAAAGCCCACAUCAAAAACCAAGGCAACUCCAUCCCUCUCAGCAAAACAUCCGCCACCUGCUUACUCGCCUCUAUAAUCUCCAAUGAUUGCAACUCCUCAUUAAAAUACCUCUCAAACUCCCCCAACGACCCAGGCCACAUCUCCAGCGGCAUAUCCAGCGCGGUAGCAAACCUCCCAAACUCCUGACAUAGCACCUCUUUCUCCUCCCGUGACAUGGGUUUCCUCUCAAUCGAAAACAGCUCGUGAGUUUUUUGGCCAGCAACGAAGAGGGUGGCUGCUGUCCAUUUCUGGAGGAGGGGGUCGUUGGCGGUGUAAUUUGGGCCGUAGAUGUGGGAGUCUUUUGACCUGUUAGCAGGGAUGGGACAGGUAAGGUGUGGGGGGGGGACAAACGCUGUUUUUUUAUAGCAUUGCAGAUGAGAUUGCGUUGUUCCUCGGUUCCGUGGACCACGGCGAUGAUGAAGGCUGCGGUUCGGCGGAAGCGGGAGAUGGGGUGGGUGCGGAAGCGGGAGUGGGUGCAGGAGCCGAGGGCGAUGCUGGGGGAGGCGAUUUGGAGGAGGAUGGCGUAGGGUCCGCCGAGCCAGGUUAUGAGGUUGCCGCAGGAGGUUUUGAGAUGGUCUUCUGCGGUUGGGGGGACUUUUUCGUUAACAGGUGGUGGUGGUGGUGGGUUUUGGGGUAUGGUGUUGGACAUGGAGAACCGUGGGAUAUAGGGUUGAGUAUUCGAGCAAGAUAGUCGUUUCUUCCUUAGGAAUGUGCUGUCGUUGAGUAGGUUCUCUGAAGGUAGGCUGCAGUUCUUGCUUCGCUGGUAAGCUUGCGAGCCGAGGUAGUGGAUUUUCUUUGUUUGGCCUUUUUGUGUCGGCGUCGUCAUGGUAUUUUACAUCAUUUUGAGCAUACGGCAAGGGUCCCUUUGGCUUUGGAAAGCACAUGUCUGUGUCUGGUGACUACUUACCUACUUAUCACGGAAAUCUAUCUUCAGCUCUCAGGAGGUCCGGACAGCCCCGAGAAGUAGGCGAGUUGCAUGCAUGUCUUACCG